UAUGGUGCAAUUCCUCCCAAACAACAAAAAUGGAAGUAAAAUAGAUCAAAAUACGAAUGAUAAGAAAUCAAAACCGUGGUACAUUACCCGCGAUCAUAGUGAAAAAACAAAUAUGUUUCUUGGUUCUAAUUGACCAUUCUAUUUUUUCGUCCUCUCCAUCCCUACUUUUUUCUUUCCAUUUUCUGGGAUAAAAUUGGUGCCUUACUUUCCUAAAUAUUCGACGGUGCUCUGCUGUUGUUUCAACGAUGCAUGAGGAACCAAACCAAUCAUUGCCACUGAAAACCAAAGGUUUCGCAUUCACACCACCGCCCCUCCGAUUCUACCCAUCACAUAUAUUUCUCAUAAAAAUUAAACAAAACUUAAAAAAAAAAAAAAAGAGUCAACCAAGCCGGAGAGGAAAUUCAGAUAUCUUUCUCCUCUUCUUGAUCUCCUCUCUUUUGAACUUGAAGAAUCCAUAAGAAAAAAAGGUUUCUUCCAUUACAAAGAAGAAAGAAACGUAACGAUGUCGACUAAGGUGAAAGGCCUCUUCAAAGGCCUCAGAUACAUUUCCCAGAUAUUCGAGGAAGACAAAGAACAAGACAUGCAGAUUGGUCUUCCCACAGAUGUAAAGCAUGUCGCUCACAUAGGAUGGGAUGGACCGUCGGUUGAUGCCCCAAGUUGGAUGAAAGAGUUUAAAUCUGCACCGCUCGAACUCAAUGGAGAAACUAGAGAGGACCCUGAUAUCAAAUGGGUUUCUGAAGAUUCAAGGAGAAGCAUCAGAUCAACAGAUUCUCCGGGAAGUGACCCCCCUGAGGCGCCAAAACCCUCCAGGCGCCACCACUCAGCAGACGGCAGCCCUGGUGGCUCACCAAAGAAGAAAGAUCCUUCUACAAAAUCAAGGCAACCUAAGAGAAACCAGUCCACUACGACGGAAGGCAGCACUAGGUCCGCUCGCCAGCUACAAGAAUCAAGCCAGGGGUCCGAUUCACCAUCAAGGCCGGAUAUCCCCAAGAAAACACGUAGAAAGAAGUCCAAGGAGGCGGUCAAUGGUGGUGGAUCAACUCGAUCAAGAUCCAAACUCAACUCCAGUGCCAGCGCUUCUAAUGGGACAUCCGAUGCUGGACCCAAUAACGAGCAAUCAGAUCCCAACCCAAGUGUAAAUGAUAAUGAGAAGGAAAGAAGAGUAAUUUCUGAAGAGUAGAGAUAUAUGUUGGUUUUUUGUUUGCUUUGUUUUGGUUUUACAUUUAUCCAUAAUCAUUUCUGUUUUUGUCCUAGAUAGCUAGAGAGCUCACUCAGUCGAGGAAAAUUUUUUAGACAACCAUGAUUAUGAUGAUGAUGAUGAUCCCUUGUGUAAACCAACCAUGAACUUCUGUUCUUUUUUUCUUUUU